AUGAUAGACAAGAGUAAGAUAGAUUCCAUGCCCAAUUCAACGGAAGUCAUCUGUAUGGUGGAUAAAGAUGAUAAAGAGGUUGGAAGCUGCACAAGAAAGGAAAUGAGACUUUACAACGAAUGGCAUCGGAUAUCCUCAACCGUUUUACUGUCUAAUCCUGAAGAUCCUCACAUAUUUUAUCACAUUCGUGAUCUUUCCAAGGAAUACUGUCCUGGAUAUGUAGAUAUAGCUUUUGGCGGAGUGGUCUCCGUCGGUGAAUCAUACCUUGAAAACGCGCUCCGUGAAGUCCAUGAAGAGUGCGGUUUGCCCUUGUCAGAGGACAAUGUUGUUGAAAUUGGCUAUUUUCCAAGAGAGGACGAUUUAGUCAAAUGUCACUAUAAAGUUUUUGUCGCAUUAUUUAACGGAACUGCUGAAGAUCUGGCCCCUCAAAAGGGGGAGGUACUGUACAUUAAAAAGAUACCACUUUCACAAGUAGACGAUUUACUUAAAAACUCACCGCAUACUAAAUCAUGCCCGAAAAUACUCGAUUACAUUAAACAAUUUGUAAGUGAGGGCAGAAUGGCCAACCUCAACGAGGCCAAAAUAAAAAAUUUGUAA